GCCGCGCAGGGCAGGGUGCGUGCCUGGCAUGCCAACGAUGCGAAUGCUUCGAAUAUGUUUUUGAUAUAAAAAUGCGUAAGUCCCAAACAUUUGAUUGCAGUUUCAAUUGCAACGUCCAUCAAAAUGCUGGCAAAGUUUAUUCCAUUGAUUGCUUUGUUGGCCGUUGUGCGUGGAGAGCUGCCUGUGGGUCGUAGAGCUGCUCCAUAUGCCGCCGCUGGCUGGCAGCCAAGAGUUCCUUUUAAUCUGCCCAACGAGUAUUUGCCGACCAGCCGUGCUCGCGGCUCUGGUGUAGAGAUCAGCAAGGAACGCGUGGAACUCGCUGGAAAAGUAAAGCCGCCGCAAACGAACUAUUUGACACCCUCGCCAUUGGUUGGUACUGAGGCUGAGGCACUGCCAGAGUCCAUUCUGGGAACAGCAGUCUCUCCGAGCAGGAACCCGCGCCCGUCCAAUCAAUAUGGUGCACCUGAGACGGAUCCUGCCUUCAAAAUCAUUUAUCCCGAUGAAGAGGAAUCUGCCUCGGCCGACCAGCAGCAGUCGAACAUCAGAGAAGGUCGCUACUACAUCGUUGCAAAGGAUAACAAAAUCCAGCGGGUUUCCUUUCGCGCACUGCAGCAGCUCGAUGGCGAUGAGGACUUCACCGCGCAGCUGCGAUACUCCACGGUGGGGCAGCUGCAGGAUCCAGUGUAUCGCUACAACAGCCAGGGGCAGCUGGAGCGGGUGCUCAAGUAGAUGAUUUCCGGGAAGAGCAGAACACAUUUUGAUGAUUUUCUUUUUCUGACUUUGUUUUAUACAAAAAUGCAUCUUUAUUCGUUUAAUUAAUUAAU